GGAGACUGGUACACACGAUGUAACCCGCUGCUGCUCUCUGUGUGCAGGUCAGAGGCCCAGACAAGGAUUGCAGCCAUGAUGGAAAGGCACAAGACAGACACUGCCGAGUACCACAUGGAGAUGCAGGAGCAGGAGCGUAUCCUUGCACGGGAGAGCAAAUGGAAAGCCUUCAUGCUUGCCAGAUUUACGGAUCGCUCUGAACUGGAGGAAGAGGCCAAAAGGAAAAGCGACUUGAAAGCAGCCCAGAGGGCCAAGAAGAGCCGAGGGGAGUGCUUUGAGAGCAGGGAGGUGACUUACAAACGCCUGCUGGAGCUGGCAGAGGAUGGAAAUGUCGACCAGCUGCUCAAUAGCUUCGUCGAGAAGGAGCAUAAGAUCUUCGCCUGCUUCCUCUAUGCCUCUGAGCUCAAUGACGAUAUCCAGAAGAUUCAGAGGAAGAUCAAGGAACUCCAGAUUGAAAUUGCAUCCCUGGUGAAGGCUCGGAAGCAUGCAGAGACCAAGAACUUUCAUCUUGUGAAGGAAGUGGAGAAAAAUCUAACGGAAACCACUGAGGAAGCCAACCUCUACGAAUACCUGAGCAAAGAGAGAAGCAAAAUCCUGGGCCAGCUCAAAUCCAGCAUGGAAAUCCUGAUCAAAAGACUCGACUGCGACACUACGGCCAUAAUGAAGCAGCUUGGAGAAAAAGGGGAGAUCACGGAUUCGAACCUGAUGCAGUAUUUUGGUCUUGUGGAGAAGAAGGCCAAUGAGCUCCUGCUGCUGGAGUCCAUCCUGCGCUACACCCUGACUGAAGGCACUUCUCCGGACCUGCCCUUCACCAACCCACUGCUGGGAAGUCCUGAGCUCCUCCAGGAGAUCAACUGGUCCCAGAUCUGCCCACCACCUCCCACCCUGAACGCCAACAACAACGCCAUCGAUGCCUUGGAGGUGCCUCUGGACCAUGGUCAGCUCCGUCAGAUGGUUCUCCAGAACCACAAGAAGGACUGGGACAACGCUGCUGGCACGGAUGAGACUGCACCAGGGAUGGAAUAAAUAGUUUUAAUCUUGAGUUCCCCUCUG